AUGCGCGAUGCUGUUUUCGGCGUUUUGCAGAAUGUAACAGAUCCGAAUUCAGUUGCGAUAGAUUCUAUUCAAGCACAAAUUGAGGAAGCUCUUUAUCCGAUGUUCGUGGCUUCCGGUGGUGUGUGGCUGGUUUCCGCAAAUUUCUAUCACCGAGUAACCGGGUACGUCGACGAUAAAGCCAGUGUUUCAGAAACAUUCUGCGCUGUCAACGACAUCCACAUGAACAUUUACGUAGUAAUCACAAGGGUCGAAUAA